CUCACAUUACGUCUGUUACAACAGCACAAGCCCUGCAUCUUCUCUCGGAUAUCAACUCUUCCGCCAUUCCGUCCAACGGGUACAAUUCUCCGACCAGCAGAGAGGGUCUCGUGCCCAGCGCAGUGCCAAGGGCUACCACGUACGCGACCUGAGUACCACACCCUUCCGAUGUUUUCAGCAUGCCGGUUGUACUGGAGUUCCGCACUCGCCGUACUUGCCGUAUCCAGCGUAUACACCGUAUCCCUGUUUACCGUAUUCAUGUCCACCGUAUUGGUGUACUACCGCGUCACAUAGAAAGCUCGUCCUCAUGUCUCAUAUAGCGGAGAAGGGGAAUAGGAUAAAUAUAUAGCCACCUUCAUGGACCCUUUCAUUGCCAUCAGUCUCACCUUUCAAACACGUUGUCGCAAUCAUGGAAUCCCAGACACUCACAGGACUGUCACAUGUCGUGCAAUCGGCAGCAGUUGCUGCCCUGGUCAUGAUCAUAUAUGCUCUGCUACCAACAAUCAGCUAUAGAUCGCAGCUGGCGAAGCUGCCAUCAUUCGGUGGCUCUGUUGGUGACGAGAAACAUCGUCAGGCAUUUCUCAAGGAUGCGAAGGCGAUGUACAUAGAGGGUUAUAAGAAGUUCAAAGACUCUGCAUACCGCCUCGCAACAUCCGAUGGAGAGGACAAUGUGGUCGUUCCCUACCAUCUUCUGCCCGAGCUCAGGAAACUUCCUGAUGACGUUCUCAGUUUUCACGUGGCUAUUGACAGUACCAUCGAAUCCAAGUACACCGGGCUCAAAUCGGAUACACCGCUAGUCGUACAUACUGUCAAAGCUGAUCUGACGCCUGCCUUGGCUCGAUUGAACGCCAUUGUAGCCACCCAGGUUGACGCCACUGUGGAAGAAUACAUGCCGCCGUGUGAUGACUGGAGUGAGGUCUACAUAUACAAAACACUGGUUGAUGUUGUCGCCAAGGUGACAGGUCGCGUCUUUGUCGGCGAGGAGCUAGGCAAGGAUCCUGAGUAUCUGGACAGUGCUAUCAACUAUACCAUGGACGUCAUGAAUGCAACCGACGCUAUCAAGAAGAUCCGCCCUCUUCUGAGGCCGGUGUUGGCCCCUCGUAUCAAGGAGGUUCGUCGACUUGAUGAGAGACGAAAGUCGGCAGAAGCCUACUUGCGACCGAUCAUCGAAGAAAGGCAGAAUGCGGCAAAGAACGAUCCCAACUGGCAGCAGCCAGACGACGUCUUACAGUGGAUGAUCAACCGAAGCACGUCGUUUAAUAAGGCUUCUCCUGCUGAGCUUGCCCAAUCACAGCUCGGACUAGCCUUUGCAGCCAUUCAUACCACGACACUUACUGCCACCAAUAUCCUCUACACUCUAGCCGUCACCCCAGAGUACAUCCCCGGGCUCCGGGAAGAGAUCUGCGAAGUCAUGGCCAAUAACGACGGCAACAUCACAUCGCGGGCUCUGCAGCAGAUGGAGAAGCUCGACAGCUACAUGAAGGAGGCCAUACGCUUCUUCAACCCAAGUGCUACUUCCUUUGGCCGCCGCGUUCUAAAAGGCAUCACGCUCUCAAACGGACAGUACCUGCCCCCCGGCGUGACCAUCGAAGCACCCUCGCACGCCGUCUACGCCGACUCGCAGAACUACCCCGAGAGCGAAAAGUUCGACGGCCUCCGCCACUACAAGCUCCGCCACAGCGGUACCGUCAUCGACAACGCGCGCAACCAGUUCGUCACGACCAACGAAACGAACCUGGGCUGGGGCUAUGGGCGCCACGCGUGUCCCGGCCGUUUCUUCGCCGCAAACGAGAUCAAGAUGAUUCUCGCGCGCUUGAUCCUGAACUACGAUUUCAAGAUGCCUGACGAGCAGACGGAACGCUACCCGCAGAUCGAGAUUGGGAAGACGAGUAUGCCGAAUCCCGCGAAGACGCUGUUGUUCAGGAAGGUGUGAGGUUUGAGUACAGGGUUGGUGGGUGGGGGUGGUUUGGUCGGGGCGUUCUGCUGGUUAGGUUGUUCUUAGAUCUCAUUGCAUAGAUUGGGGACCAUAAGGUCUAGUAAAGCAGCGCUCAAGAGGCUCUCGUCAAGGCUCUCGUCGAAGAAAGGCCUCUAAGGGUGUGCUCUCCUAUGGAACUAUUUAUACAUAAGUGCU